AUGCUGGACAUCAAUCUGUUCAGGGAGGAGAAGGGGGGUAACCCGGAGCUGGUCCGGGAGUCGCAGCGCCGCCGCUACGCCAGCGUCGAUAUAGUGGACGAGGUCAUACGGCUCGACAAGGAGUGGCGCCAGCGUAUGCCGUUUUCCUUCGUCCCAUCUCCUCCCGAUUCUGUGAUCGCCUCGUCUCGUGCAUCUCCGAUCGUUUCUCUCUGCGUCGGUCGGCACGGGUUUCGUGUUUUUUCCUCGGUUUCUGCGGUCUCUGUCGCUGUUGUUCUCGAUGCUGGCGCUGUUUAUCUCAACCAUCCACCUGUUUCAUGCUGUAUUUUAUUUUUUUUUAAAGCGUCGGAUGUUGGUUAGCUAGCGUGAAAACGGCCGGAAAUGCACAGGAUGGGCGUACGAUGCUCUGAAUUUAUUGGAGCAGAUCGGCUGGUUUAUGAUGACGAGCCGUUCCUUCGAACAAGAGUAUCAUAGGAUGAAUUGGCCAUAAGGGAAUAAUUCUUAUUCGAGGUUUCCUGUAGAAGUAGAAAUCUCUGAGGUCUUCAAGGCGCAGUGUCCUGAGUGAUACUCCUAUAUUCUUUCUCCUCUAGCAAACAUAUCUCCUCCUGAAAAAAAUCUCACCUUCCAGUGGAACUCAGAGCUAUCUUGUACUUGAGGCAACUACACAGAAAAUCAUGUGAUGAUAUGCGGAAUGUCGAGAGAUGGCUUGACUAUGGAGACAGUAAAGAAAAAUAAACCAAAAGAGUACCUAUUUUUUGGGGGUGAAUAAAGGAUCAGUGGCCAUUUUUUAAAAUCUUGGUUCAUUUUUUUAGAAGUGAAGCAUCAACUCUGAUGAUGGUUGCGACCAAGCUAAAUGGGCCUUUCCCCUUCCUUUUCAGGUCAAUUCGAGCUGGAUGCACUGAGAAAAGACUUCAACCGAAUUAACAAGGAGGUGGCACGCUUGAAGAUCGUGAGUUCUCCUUUCUUCCAUCUCUCGACUCUUUCUUUUUUCUGUUUUAAUUAGAUUUUUUGCCAUCUCUGCUGGUUUUUUGUAUUUAUUUUUUCUCAUGUAUCUUUUUCUCAUAUAUUUUUACUUGUGGUUUGAAGGCGGGAAAUGAUGCUACAGAAAUGAUUAAGAGCACUGAUGAGAAUAAGCAGCUGACAGCACAGAAAGAGGCUGAGGUCCAGGAGGCGAAGUCUGCCCUGGACAAGCGUCUGGAGACCAUUGGAAACCUUGUCCACGAUUCCGUGCCUGUCAGUGAUGAUGAGGUAGGGUCGGUAUCUUGUGCCUGGUCUUACAGACCCAGUGAUUCUAAUAAGGCCUCAGAUGAUGCACUCGUGUUUUGUUUUCUGGUUGGGAUUAUCGUGGUUCGUGUGUUUGACUUGCCAUUUAUCAGGCAAAUAAUGCCGUAGUUCGUAGUUGGGGAGAAAGGAGACUGGAAGAUAAGCUCAAGAAUCAUGUGGAGCUCGUGGAGCUUCUUGGUAUCGCAGAUAUGGUGAAGGGUAAGCCUAAUUGCAGAUUCAAUCGAGCCAAUAACAAUGUUCUUCAAGAUAUUCAUUCUUCAUUGUUUCUUUGUGUUUCUAGCUGAGCACCUGCACCCCUCAGUACCUCCAAGGAGGGUGAUCCUCUUUCCUUGUUCCAUAUCUACGUGUAUUUCCUUUUGUCCCGCAUUCCAAGGGGCAGAAUUCGUGGGCUCCAGACAUUUGGCAUCUUAGAGAACUUUUCUGGGAAGCAGGAUGUAAUCUCUGUUCUUUGGACUAUGAUAUAACCUAAUUUUCUUUCUUCUUUUGCCCAUUUCUUUUGAUGGGAUUUUCUGCAUUGCUGCACUCUGCGUGGUAUUCGUUUCCCCCUUCCUCCUCUGGUGCGAUCACUGUAGACUCUGCUGCUUGAUCGCCAUUCAUGGUUCAAGAGCCUUAUAUGCUUUUUUCCCUGGGAGAUUUUACAGUACUUUGAAUCUGUAUUUGAUCACAUUGUGGGCUAGUUAUCUGGUCUGACUCAACGGUUUCUGCAUUCUCGCUUUAAUGGCUGAUUCUCUUUGUUGGCUCCGGGGGCUAACAUCACCCUGGUGCACGUAGGUACCAAUGUGGCGGGAGGGAGGGGUUUCUACUUGAAAGGUGCCGGCCUCCUUCUCAAUCAGGCUCUGAUAAACUUUGGUCUUCAGUUCCUGCUGAAACGAAAUUAUGAGCCGGUGCAGACGCCAUUCUUUAUGAGGAAAGAUAUAAUGGGAAAAUGUGCUCAACUAACUCAAUUCGAUGAAGAACUCUACAAGGUGAGCUCUUCUCAUCCUUCUCCCUAAUUUGGUUUUCCAGAGCCACACUCCUCCUUUCUUCUUGUCAUCUGGCGAAAUAUAUAUGAGCUUUUUUUCUGGAUUACCGUGUUAAAUAUUCCUGUGGUAUUCUUCUUAAACUGAGAUUGUUAAUAAAAUACCUACACCUUGGUGAUUUAUUUAAUUAUUUCUGAAUCUUGUCUGUGAUGUAUGGUCUCAUAUGAUCUAAAGAGUCCCUAUGACAUCGAAGAAGGCAAGCUACAACCAUUGACUAAAAAUAGAAAUAAGCACAUGCCACUGACCCCAUAAAUACAGUCUAUUUACAGGUGUCUACUAAACAACUACAACCUCGCUUUCUCUCUCUCUCGCCUUCCUUUAUCAUCUUCCUUCCAUUAGAGCAUUCUUCACCAAGACAAACUAUGGGGAGAAGUCUACCCGUUUACACUGUUGUAUCCAUUAUAAUGCAGAAUAGCACAUGUUGCAGGAAAGCAUUCUUCCAUUAUGCUGUGCUAAGUCCCUAACUAAUUAUUCCUGAAUCUUGUCUGGGAUGUAUGGUCCCCUAGGAUCUAAAAAAUCCCUAUGACAUCCAAGAAAGCAACCUGCAACCAUUGAGUAUAAAUAGAAAUAAACGCAUACUACUUGCUAACUCCAUAAAUGCAGCCUUUUUACUGGUCUACUCUACCACAACCUCUCUCUCUCUUUCUCUCUUUCUCUCUCUCUAGACUUCCUUUCUCAACUUCCUUUCAUUGGAGCAUUCUUCACCAACAGAAAUUAUGGGGAGAACUCUACCCGUUUUGCACUGUUGUAUCCAUUAUGCAGGAAAGCACAUGUUGCGAAUGCUGUACUAAGUCCCUAGUUCCCCAAGAAAUGGGCAGUAAGGAACUCAUUCAGGGCCGGAUUCUGCUUCCGAUCGUCGAUUUAGUUUUGUUUCUUCAAUUUUCAUAGAUUUUUUAAUAGAAGUUUAUUAUUUUCUUUCCAUACUUUUGGCAAUAGAGAUUUGACUGGGCAGUCUUCUUCAGGUGACAGGUGAGGGGGAGGACAAAUACCUCAUUGCCACUGCUGAGCAGCCGCUCUGUGCAUAUCAUCUGGGCGAUCGGAUUUACCCCACAGAUGUUCCAAUUAGGUCUGGUUUCUUGUCCUUGAUCACAAAAAACUUAUAGAACCCAUAUUUUUUCUAUGAGAAAAUCAACAAUAUGGGCCCCAACUAGAUCAAGAAUAAUUCAUAUCAUCUUGGUUUUUUUCUUAAUAAAAUCCACAAUGUGAAACCUCAAUAGAUGUCAGAAAACUCAUGUAGUCUACAAUGAUUUCAACGAUAUGAACCUUCCCAAAUGGAUGACGAAAAGUUGUCAGAACCUUGGUGUUUUUCGCUGGGAAAUAUACCAUAAGAACUAUAGAUAGAUGAUGAAAUAUUGAUAUGAUCUAAAGGUUGUUUCUAUAAAUGAAACCAACAUCAUGAGCCCUAAAUAGACACAAUUUCUGCCUGCAGAUACGCCGGAUACUCGACAUGUUUCAGGAAGGAAGCGGGCUCGCAUGGCCGGGACACGCUGGGCAUCUUUAGGAUCCACCAGUUCGAGAAGGUGGAGCAGUUCUGCAUCACAACCCCCACCGGGAAUGACUCAUGGGAGAUGCACGAAGAGAUGAUCAAGAACUCUGAGGACUUCUACAGAGAGGUGAAUGGUUAUGGAGCCUUCAUUCCCCCUCUUCCCACUAGAGCUUCGUCCAUUGAAAUCUUCUCUUUUUCUGCUGCAGCUGAAGCUCCCUUACCAAAUUGUCGCCAUCGUCUCUGGAGCAUUGAAUGAUGCUGCUGCGAAGAAGUAUGAUCUAGAAGCGUGGUUCCCUGCAUCUAAGACAUACAGAGAGCUCGUGUCCUGCUCUAAUUGCACCGACUACCAAGCCAGAAGGCUGGAGAUCCGCUUUGGGCAGAAGAAGGUAAGAUCCCCCAAUCUCCUUAAGCCCUAACCACUCCCGGUGAUGAGCAAUUCACCCAAGUGUCGAAAAAUUCAUAAAAACUCACAGCUUCUUUAAGAUUUAUAUAAUUGCCAUAAAUUUUCUGUUUAUUAUUAUUGUUAUUAUUGUUUCUCACGAGAAAUUCACAAAGAACUUUUUUUCUUUUUUUUGUACUAGUUCUAUCAUUUACUGAUUUUUCUUGUGCAGAAUGACGAGCAAGCCAAGCAGUAUGUUCAUAUGCUGAACUCCACCCUGACGGCGACGGAGAGGACCAUCUGCUGCAUCCUGGAGAACUACCAGAGGGCCGACGGCGUGGAGGUCCCCGAAGCCCUUUGGCCUUUCAUGGGCGGCACCACCUUCCUCCCCUUCAAGACCAAGCCCAUUGCUGAAGCCAAGCCGAAGAAGACCAAGCCCAAGGUGGGUGGCGAAAGGCUCAUCUCAUCUCUCCACUCCUUGUUUCUUAUCUGGGAUGAUUCUAAUUUCUCUCUCUUCCUGUCAGGGGAACGCCGCUACUUGA